AUGGCGGGUGUUAAUCAUGCGCCGACCCCCGGGGGUGCCGAUGGCGUACAGAGUCGCAAGCGCAAUGUCACCAUUGCGGGGAUAGACAGCUCCCCAGGAAGCAUGGAAGAUGUAGAUGACAGCGAUCUGCGUGAAGAUAAAAGGAGACAGCCAGUCAAGCGCGCCUGCAACGAAUGCCGCCAACAAAAGCUACGAUGCGAUGUCAUUCAAGACCCCUGGACCGACUGCUCACGGUGUCGCCGAUUAAAGCUAGACUGCAAAAUCGAGUCCAAUUUCAAACGAGUGGGGAAACGCAGCCGCAAUGCAGAGAUGGAACGCGAGAUUAUGGAGCUUAGGAAGCAAAUUGCUUCCUCGAGUGCCCCUAUUACACCACGGCAACAGCAACAGAUUACGGGGGCAGGGCAGAUGACACCCAAGCAGGACUCCAGCCAAGUGAGUCCGGCGGCCAUUUAUCAGACCCCAUCAGCCAUGUCCACGGCCGCGGACCAAUACAUGGGAUCCCAGGAAGCCGUUGCAUCGCUUUUGGAUCUGCGCUCCGGAUUUGACGGCUCCAACUACAUGAGGAACGGAGGGACCCAGUUUAAGCGUAUUGAAGAUGUCAUCGUCGUCCCGGAGAAAGUGACCGAGCUGUUUAACCUGUUCUUCAUGUUCUACCAUCCAUUUCUCCCAUUCCUCGAUCGCAAACAGUCUCCGGAUGAUUAUUAUAACGCCUCGCCAUUACUUUUUUGGACAAUCAUUAGCGUUGGUGCGCGACGCUACCAAAGCGAUUCAAACCUGCUGAAUUCUCUUGCGGGCCCGGUUACACGACUUGUAUGGAGCACACUAGCGGACAUUCCCCAGAGCUACCAUGUUGUGAAAGCGCUCUGCCUGCUUUGCUCCUGGCCAUUCCCCACAAGUAGCACUUCCACCGACCCGACCUUCAUGCUGUGCGGAAUGAUGGUUCAGGUGGCGAUGCAGCUCGGUCUUCAUCGCCCAUCCCAUACCCAGGACUUCAGCAAGUUCCGGGUGGAACUCAUUGAGGAGGAGUUGAAAGACAAAGUGCGGACUUGGGCCAUUUGCAACAUUGUUGCUCAGCGAGUGUCUACCGGCUAUGGUCAGCCGCCAUCUACCCUUUAUGACUGGACGUUGUCCAGUGAUUCAGCGGAUCCAAAUUUCAAACUUCCAGGGGAUAUCAAGCCUAAGCUUGAGAUUGAACGUUUCUGUGACAAGAUUACUAGAGCAUUAUACAACAACCGACGUGACCCUGUUGGGUUGACCAGUGACAGGGAGAGAUCGACGAUGAUCUCAUUCCUCUCAAGGGACUUCGACGAGCUUGAAGAACAGCUGAAACCCCACAAUAAUGACAGCAUUACCGACCUGUACCUCCGUGCAUCGAAUCUUCAUUUGCAUCUUUCCGCUUUUUUUGACGAUCCAGAUACGAAGGAUUAUCGUGAGCGUCUAUUAUCCCUUUAUGUCGCGACCACUUCAUUCCUUGAAGGUGCCAUGAACCUUGAGACCGAAGUUGGGCCUGUUCUUUCUUAUACCCCUUACUACGUUUACCAGAUGAUGGUUGCAGGAGGCUGCACACUUUUAAAAUUGUCCAAGAGUUUCUUUGCGGCUCACAUUGACAUGGAGUACACCAAACACCUUUUCAAUCGAACCAUUUGGGCAAUCCGGGGAGUGUCUGUAUCGAGCAAUGACCUGCCUGAACGGUUGGCCGAAGUACUCGCACAGAUGUGGAGGUUGGGAAGUGGGCCUCAGCGGUCCACCAGCAAUAAUCCCGAUGUCGAUGAUUCUUUGCGACUGAAAGUCCGUUGCCGCAUGAGCAUGUCGCUACUCUUCGACUCCGUAUGGCGAUGGCGUGAAGAUACGCGGACAAAGGGACGCAACAUUGAAGCCUACUUGAAGAACCCGACCAAUCCAGACUCGGCAGCCGAUUCAUCCGCAGCCUCAUCCGUCGGUCCUGUCCGCACCUCCUCCUCGACCCCCGUCAUCACAGGCGGCGACCCGAGCCUAGCUCCGGCACCGAUACUCCCCCAAGCCAGCCUUGGAGUCCAAGCAUCCGGGAACGGGGUCGGCGGACUUCCGAGUGGGUUCAUGGAACCGAACUACGAAGUGUUCGAUCCACUCAACUGGCUGCUGGAUGGCCUGGUCGAUCUGCCCUACUCGUAUUCAACCAUGGGUGGGGUGGAGAACCAAGGCAUUGCCUAG